UUGUGGCUGUAGUAACCAGUGACGACCCUUGUCAGGCAGGAAAAGACAAACAGGGAGGAAGGAGGCGUAGUAAACAAGGCAGAUAACUACAACUUACUUUUUUUAAAAAAAAUAACAGUGCCAAUACUUGCGCACAAAACAGUUUGUUUGGUGAAUAUUCACGUUAUUCCACCGUUAGUAAUACAUCCUGUACCCUGUGUUGUCACUGCAACCUAGAUAGUUAUAGCUAGACAAACUUGUCGAGGCUAACAGGCUAACAGGCUCCAGUAGCAGUGCCAUCACAACGCGCCCAGGAUGAUCGCAUUGAUCAACAAGCUCCUUGACUGGUUCAAAGCACUGUUUUGGAAGGAAGAGAUGGAGUUAACAUUGGUGGGACUCCAGUAUUCGGGCAAGACAACUUUCGUUAACGUGAUCGCGUCGGGUCAGUUCAGCGAAGACAUGAUUCCCACAGUGGGCUUCAACAUGAGGAAGAUCACCAAGGGAAAUGUCACCAUCAAGCUGUGGGAUAUCGGCGGUCAGCCUCGAUUCAGGAGCAUGUGGGAGCGAUACUGCAGAGGAGUCAGUGCCAUUGUGUACAUGGUUGAUGCAGCUGACCCAGAGAAGACAGAGGCGUCUAAAAAUGAACUACACAACCUGUUGGACAAGCCCCAGCUCCAGGGUAUUCCUGUUCUUGUCUUGGGGAAUAAGAGGGAUCUUCCUGGAGCGCUUGAUGAGAAGGAGCUGAUUGAGAAAAUGAACCUCUCGGCCAUCCAAGACAGAGAGAUCUGCUGUUACUCCAUCUCCUGCAAGGAAAAGGACAACAUCGAUAUCACGCUACAGUGGCUGAUCCAGCACUCCAGAACCAAGCGGAGCACUUCAUGAGAACCUCAUCUCAAGACACAGGCCUUCACCUGUCCCAACCUGUCCCAAUCCCCCUGCCCUCUGUCCUCCCCAGCCUGUCCAUACUCCUUUUCUUUGGAUGACCCUCUCUUGCCGAUACCCCCCCACCCACCCCGCCUGAUUCCACUCUCCUGAAUGGAGCCUGGAAACCUUUUCUUUGCAGUGUUCAUUUUCUUUUUGUAAUAUAACACUUCUUGUGACCUAUGACCUCUGAUGGACAAAGUGGUACUUGGCAUCCCUGAUGUUCAUAUGUCAUACUUCACCAUAUCUGUUGAUAUCGAGGUUUAUAUUCAACUGAUCCAGAGACAGGGCAGAAUACUGUACAGUACAUAACCUCUGUUCCCAAUAAGUAGAGAAGACUGGAGUCUGAACACUGCAUCACUUAGCAGCUUCAAAGUCAACUUUACCACACUGAUAUCACAUUGCAAACAGUAUUUGUCUUAGACCAGUGGUUCCCAACCUUUCUCUGUUAAUGUGCCAUCAGCUGAAUUUUUCUCUGCCCAGAGUACCCCUGAAGUACCCCAUGUAUAUUUUACCAGAAAGCUUAUGUUUUCAUGGAUCUUCAAGUACCCCCUGUGGGUAGGCCAGGUACCCCCUGUGGGUAGGCCAGGUACCCCCUGUGGGUAGGCCAGGUACCCCCUGUGGGUAGGCCAGGUACCCCCUGUGGGUAGGCCAGGUACCCCCUGUGGGUAGGCCAGGUACCCCCUGUGGGUAGGCCAGGUACCCCCUGUGGGUAGUGUCCCUGGUUGGGAACCACUGUCUUUGAGCAUAGUCCUAUUACUUCCCAACGACAGUGGUACUGUGUGUAAUGAUACUAAAUGUACCUUUUUGAAGUGGGAGUGUUACAACAUUUGAUUGAAAUACUUGGGAGUUUGCGCAAGUCUCUCCAUUUCUCUUUUCUUUAUAAGGCUAAUGGGAGGUGUUGUUAAAGAUGUCCUUGAUGUCAUCUCUAUUCUGAUUAUAUAUAUAUACAUUUGCAUUAUGUCAUCUUCUCUGUCUGUUGCUUGUCCUGACACACGUUUGGUAGUUUAGAAACAGCAGGAAGAUUUUCUUUCAACUAAGCAACAUGGACUUUUAAUUUCCAUUAGCAAUAUCUGCAACACAUGGUUUACAAACAAUGUCAAUGUUUAUAUUUAUGCAUCCUUCUUUUCACAUUUCCUGUCAUUGAUUUAUAUCAUUAUGCAACAGCUCCUUUCCACCCAGUAAUGUACAGCUACUAUUUGACCAGUUUUCAUGUCAUUACAGGAUCAUGAAUAACCCAUUUAGAAAUUGAACAUCUGUGAUGAAGACGUCCCCCAGAUAAAGUGAGAUUAUACAGGUGUCAGCCAAUAUAAUCUAGGUGUUGGAAAUUUCAUAUUAACUAACAAUGAAGACUUCUGUCUAAUUUUGUAUUUAACUUUCAUGUCUAUGAUAUAUUACCUCCGACAUGGCCAACGUAACCAUUGACAACCGCAACAUCUCUGCUUUUUUGUUUGCAUGCUGGGGCAUAAGUAUUUGUGGGAUCUUUGAUAAUUAACUAUAAAUUGUUUUGUUUUUUAUGGCAAAUAUAGUAAAUACUAUCUGCUUUAACCUGUUUGUACAUUACUGUUUCAAUUAAGUUGAUGAUUGUGUUUUUAAUAGGAUAUGCUUAUGUAUGAUAACUAAAAACAUUGGUGAAAACCACUUUAUACAUGGUCUGCAGAAUUCAUAUGAUUGUUGCCACACAGUGCUCACAGUGGCUGUAGAUUGUUAAUGAUGGUUGGUGCUUUUCAUGUGGUGUCAUGUGUAUGUUUGUCUGGCUGUUUUCAUGUAUAUGAAAGAAUCAAUGUGGGAGAAGACGGUAGUGUUUUGGUUGUUCUCUAAUUAAAGGAUCCAUGUCACGGCACUGGUCACAACCUGA